AUGUCACACGAACUCGAAGACAAAAACAAUAAUAUCACCCAGGAAGUGUCCCUCCGCUCUUCUGACGAUGAAGUGAACAACGGACCCUUCAAAUAUGAUGAAACAGAAAGAAAGAACAGACUUGCUGGAGGUGCCAGAACCAAGGACAUCUUGAUGGUUCUUUGUGCUGGUUUCGCUUUGAUUUCUGAUGGUUACCAAAAUAAUGUUAUGAGUAUGUUGAAUGCCGUGUUCCCUUUGGCAUUGAAUACUCCUAAUAAGGUUUACUAUACUGCUGACAUGAAGACUGCUGUUUCAAAUGCCUCUUUAGUUGGAACUAUUUUUGGUCAGGUUGCUAUCGGUAUGACUUGUGACUACUUGGGAAGAAAAUGGUCUAUCGUCACUGCAACUGUAUUUUUGAUCGUGGGAUCAAUUAUGUGUGCAGCUUCUCAUGGAGUGACUCCCGAAGGUUUACUUUGGAUGUUGAUUAUUUCGAGAGGUGUUACCGGUUUCGGUAUCGGAGCAGAAUAUCCUUCUUCUUCCAUUUCUGCCUCCGAAGCAGCAAAUGAAUCCAUCAAGAGACGUGGACGUGCCUUCGUUUUGUGUACCAACUUGCCCUUGUCAUUUGGUGGACCAUUCGCUCUUAUCGUCUUCCUCAUUGUUCACCAGAUCACAAAAAAGCAUUACGAAGCAUUAUGGAGAACCAUGUUCGCCAUUGGUUGUUUCUGGCCAUUAUCUGUGUUCUACUUCCGUCUUAAGAUUGCCACUUCUACCUUGUACAAGAAAAAUGCCAUCAAGAGACAAGUUCCAUACUGGUUGGCUCUCAAAUACCACUGGAGAAGAUUGUUCGGUACUUGCGUCUGUUGGUUCUUGUACGAUUUCGUUACCUUCCCCAACGGUAUUUUCGCAGCCACCGUCAUCUCUGGUGUAAUGUCUCCAUCUGAAGCUAAGGACUUGGACAGAGUUGCGGAAUGGAACCUUCUUCUUGGUGUAAUUGCUAUCCCUGGUGUGAUCGUUGGUGCAUUCCUCUGCGACAGACUCGGACGUAAGUACACUUUGAUCCUUGGAUUUAUGGGAUACAUCAUCUUUGGUUUGAUUGUUGGUUGCGCUUACGAUAAGAUCAAAAACAUUACUGCCUUAUUUAUUGUCUUUUACGGAUUGAUGAUGAGUUCCGGAAACUUGGGACCUGGUGAUAUGAUGGGAUUGACUUCGUCUGAGUCUUUCGCUACUCCAAUUCGUGGUACCGCUUACGGUCUUUCUGCUGCCAUUGGUAAGGUGGGCGCAGUUGUUGGUACCAAGACUUUCACUCCUCUCAGAGCUAGAGGUGACAAGUGGACUUUUAUUGUUGCUGCUAUCUGUGGACUUGCUGGUGUGCUUGUAGCAUACUUCUUCAUUCCUCAUUUGAAGGAUGACGACUUGUUGAAGGAGGACAUCAAAUUCAAGAACUACUUGAGAGCCAAUGGCUGGACUGGUCAAUUCGGUGAAGAGAAGGAGGAAGAGGAGGACUUGGAGUACCUGAAAUCCCUGAUUUCCACCACCGAAGAACUGACCAAGCGUCCCCUUUAG